AUCACGUCCUUAGUACGGCUCUGGAUCCGGACAGUUGGACACAACCGCGGCUACCUCGUCUCCAGCAGCUUCAGUGAACGCCAAAAAGACUUAAGGUUGCUUGUAAAGCAUGGUGGAUCAGGAAGCAUUUAAAUACAGUCCAAAAAGAGGCGGUGCUAGUUUACAGUUUCUGCCAGAUUUUGACCGAAGCUUGCACCACUGCCGUCCCCGGGUCCAGCUGACAGAUGACAUGCCCGUUUGCAGCGAUGCUUCUGGGCCGAGGAAAGAUCAAUCUGCUUCUGGAGACCAUGGGCAUGUAAAAGAGGAAUCACUUUCUCAGUGUGAACACUCAGAUGAUGAUGGAGCCGGUCUCUCUCUCCAUGGUGUGUCACCCACUGUAAGCAUACUCUCAGAUGAAGAGCUGAUCCCGGUCCAGAUCCAGGACUUCAAGAAUCCAGAUAAGACUGAAGUUUGGAGAACUGACUGGCACAAGAGUCACAUCGCAGUAAUAAGUAGUGAAAAGUUCGACAGCCUCCUGAAGAUGUGUCCUGAUUUCCAAGGCUGUAAGAGCCACAUGGCAGCAUUUGUCUUGAUCAGGGAAGUGUCGGAUACAGCAAGUCGUCCAUGUGAGCAUUACAAGGUGGUGGCGUUGGGAGCUGGCUGUUCAAGCUGCAGCAAGUGGCUUUGCUACAAUGGGACAAUGGUCCAUGACUGCCACGCCAUCAUCAUUGCCAAACGGGCUCUCCAGAGGUUUCUGUACAAGCAGCUUCUGCUGUUUUUUGAUGCUGAUCCAAAGGCCAAGGAGAACUGUGUUUUUGAGAGCAGUGCAGACAGCCACCAGCUACAGCUCAAACCCAAGAUCAGUCUGCAUCUCUACACCAAUCAGUGUCCUCAAGGAGCAGCUAAGAACUUCUACCUCAAGGGCCCUGGGAAUGAAUCUUGGACCGCUAUGAAGCUGCAGUAUCAUGCCAAGGGUCUGCUGGUCCCUGUAGCCUACCUUGAUCCGAGUCUCUGGGGUGCUAAAGUCUGCUGCAUGUCUGGUAGUGACAAGUUGUGCCGCUGGACUGUCACUGGGGUGCAGGGUGCGCUACUGAGCCACUUCAUCCAGCCGCUCUACAUCACCAGCAUGGUGCUAGGGGACCAGAAGAUCUUAAAUGAGGAAGUGUCUGUUAUCACCAACGUGCAACUGGGUGAUGGAUGGGAGGACAUUCUGCCAGCAGCCUACAAAAAACAGAACAUCUACUUUCUCUGUGGAGACUAUGUGGGGCCUGUUACCUCCCGGCGACAUGAUGAUCUCAGCAUCAACUGGUGCCUCGGAGAUAAGGAUAUUGAAGUUCUGGACAGUAGCAAGGGCCUCGUCAUUGAUGGCUCUCCCACUGUGAGUGGGCCUGGCUUCUCCAGCAGACUUUGCAAGAGAGCCCUCUACAGUUACUUCCUCCGAGUUGCACAGUUGAGUGGGCAUAGCUAUCUGCUGGAUCUUCCCACCUACCGCAGCAUCAAGGACGAAGCUGUCAUGUACCAGACAGUCAAAGAUCUGGUCAAGCAACACUUUCUGAGCAACCACGCAGGGCCCUGGAAUUCAAAAACACUGGUGGACUGCUUUAGCGCUUGACUGUGCUCUCAGUAACAAGCCAAGUUGAAGUUUAUCUAAGUUCCUCUUGAGGUUUACUUUACUGUUGUUUACUGUGCACUUCACUAAUCACGCUUAACAAUAGUUCUGGUUUUGUUUUAUGCAAAAUGUUCAGUCUGUGUAGGUGUUUGAGAAAAAUAAACGAGACCCUACUGUUGUGU